UAAUGCGCAAGCUACGGAAGAGGUCGUAUCGAGAGUCAUUCGCUACUGUUCGCUCACCAUUUACGUUGCCGUCGCUGUCUUCGAUGUCGAGCUCCUCGCUGUUUCCCUCAAUUGUUUUUCUUUAUGGAAAAUCGCGGAUGGCCGUGCCAUCAGCCACCUCGAUCAGGUGGUAACGGCGACGGGGAUUUAGCCGCCGCCAGAAGUGAUUGUUUAUUAAUUUUUACUGUGCGAAGUUUUUUUUUCUGCGAAAGCAUGAGUUUUAAGUUCGUUUUGGGUGAUUCGUUUUACGGAAUAAAAAGCAGUAUGUUGGCUGCCCGUAUCCCAGAGUCUGUGAUAGCGUAAGAAAAAAAGUGGAUUUAGAAAAUUUAUUUGUCGAUUCAGUGCAUCUCCGACAGUGCCUUUAUUUUCGAGAAAUAUAAAAAGUAGUAACUCUUUAAGAACCAAAGAUAUAGUUUACGUGUGAUAUAAAAAUAUAUUUAAAAACUUGUGAUAAUUCGUUUAUAUACAUAACCUACAUACAUAGUACAAUAAAAGGACCAAAAAGUAAUCACAAAAGAGCUUUAUGACUGUUUUUUCACUACGACAUAUCCCUAAUAUUUAUUAAAUUAUUUAUUGUGUGUUGUUCUUAAAAACUAUUUAAAUUAUCGUGUAUGUGUUAUUAAAAUUCGUGUGCAAACAUUGUGGACAACAUGGUUGUGUUACAAGAAACUGGGUCUCCCAUACACGCGCCAGCUGCCAUUUUGGAUCAUCUGGAUUACAGGCGCUUGAAGAUGGUACCGAAGAGGUAUCUCAGUAUUCAUCCGUAUCUCACACCCUUUUGUGCCAAGGAUCUCAAAACACAAAUCCAACUCUUCCGAUCUCAGCAGUCGCAAGCUGCAACACCGAGCGCGGCACAGCUUCAGCUGUUGCAGCAGCAACAACAGCAGUAUUUGGCGCAACAACAGCAAGCCGCAGCAGCAUUUCCACAACCCCCCUACCUCGUCAAUCCCCAGCAGGAGCCUUACUUGAUAACGGCUGGGGUGCCGGCGCAGUACUAUGGGGUGGGACCAUGGGUAUAUCCCGCUCCUCCGGCGAAUCUCAUCCAGCAAGGUGCCAGUAAUGGAGCUAGACGACCGCUUACCCCUAACGGGACGACUGAGGCGCAGCAACAAGUGCAGCCGCAAGUACCAGGAGGCUACAUCGUUCCUUACUACGACCAGAACGCGACCCCCAUCCUGAUGGCGCAGAACGCCGCUGCCAUGCGCAACGGUACGCCAAUGCGUUUGGUGUCUCCCGCGCCCGUACUGGUGCAACCGCAAGCCGCCGCAGCGGCAGCCACGAGGCAAACGCAAGCCGCAGCGGCCGCGCACGCUGCAGCCGCCUCUUUGUAUUCCAGCACGCAGCAAAGUCUGUACGGUGCCACGAAUGUCAACACUUCUGUCAAUGGGACCACUCUUGGAGGUGUGGCCCAAGGUGUGGGUUCUGGCCUGUUUCAAACUUUACACGCUCCUCCGUCUGGUCCAUUCGGUAGCUCAUCAUUGGGAAAUAUCGGCUCAUCUGCAACUACUACAUCUUUGCAUACAGAUAAUUUGACUGGCCUGGGCCUAACUACCACCACGACAGCUCGAAGAGACUCCUUCGAUCGUAAUACAUCAGCCUUUUCCCCAUCUCUGGAAUACAGACAGAAGUGGCCCACGUCAUAUAACAUCGGAAGCAGUCCGAGCCCAUUGACGGGAAGCUUAACGCCGCCUCCCACCGCUCCUCUACAACUGGGCGGUCUCGUCAAUUCUCGGGUACUAUCUGCAGCGCCUGGAGCCGAAGCCAAAUACAGAAACUCUGUCGCUGCCGGAUUGAACACCACGGCGAUUUUCGGGUCUACUAAUAGUCUGUUUACGAAGAUCAAUUCUACGUUAACUACAGUUCCAGCGACGCUAGAUAAAGGGCCGCAAGGGAGGUCAAGAUUGCUGGAGGAUUUCAGAAACAACAGAUAUCCAAAUCUUCAGCUGAGGGAUUUGGCUAACCACAUUGUUGAAUUUUCGCAAGAUCAACAUGGCUCUCGGUUCAUCCAACAGAAACUGGAACGAGCCACUGCGACAGAGAAACAGAUGGUCUUUAACGAGAUCCUUUCCGCUGCUUACAACCUCAUGACGGACGUGUUUGGGAACUACGUUAUACAGAAGUUCUUCGAAUUUGGAACACCGGAGCAGAAGACUACGCUAGCGCAAAAAGUUCGCGGACAUGUUUUGCCCUUGGCCUUGCAGAUGUACGGUUGUCGAGUCAUACAGAAGGCACUGGAGUCUAUACCUCCAGAACAACAACAAGAAAUCGUUCGAGAGCUAGAUGGACACGUUUUGAAGUGUGUUAAAGAUCAAAAUGGAAACCACGUUGUGCAGAAGUGUAUUGAGUGUGUUGAUCCCAAUGCUUUACAGUUCAUAAUUGCUUCAUUCUCUGGACAAGUGUACACUUUAUCCACCCAUCCGUACGGCUGUAGAGUAAUCCAGCGCAUUUUGGAGCAUUGUACACCAGAACAGACGGCGCCAAUUUUGGCGGAACUACAUCAACAUACUGAUCAGCUGAUCCAAGAUCAAUUUGGAAACUACGUUAUUCAGCAUGUGCUAGAGCAUGGAAAACCAGAAGACAAAUCUCAAUUAAUCAACAGCGUUAGAGGCAAAGUGUUGGUGCUGAGUCAGCAUAAAUUUGCCAGCAAUGUGGUUGAGAAAUGCGUGACACACGCCACAAGAGCAGAAAGAGCACUGCUCAUUGAAGAAGUGUGUGGAUUUAAUGACAACGCUCUCCACGUAAUGAUGAAAGACCAAUACGCCAACUACGUGGUCCAGAAGAUGAUCGACGUCAGCGAGCCGACUCAACGCAAGGUGCUGAUGCACAAGAUUCGUCCGCAUCUCAACUCUUUGAGAAAGUACACAUACGGCAAACACAUCAUCGCCAAAUUGGAGAAGUACUUCAUGAAAGCACCAGGAUCGCUCAGCUCCAUCGGAGGGGAGCUCGGCCCCAUUGGCCCCCCAACCAACGGGGUGCUUUAAAUCAGCCACACUCAUGGAAAAAAUCCGUUUCAGUUUUAUUUAAAUAUUGAUUCCAGUAUUUUUUCGAGUUGAUUGCUGCGUUUUUCCUUACUACGACACGUACGAACCGUAUUUUUGAGACGAUAGACGAAAAAGUAAGAUAGUAUGUUUUCACGUUUAUUUCAAAACUACUCUUUUUGUCUCUUCUAUCGAAAAAUCUGGUUAUGUUUCACCUGUCUAUACUUUAUUUCACGUUAAGAACGGAACGUUUGGCUUAUGCAGGUCAGUGUUGCCAAAGCUCUCGGGCACGUAUUGCUACUAGACUGCCAAUAUACGGUUCAUUCUACUCAGGCGGCGCAGCAUGGCAUUGGCGCGCUUCUAGCGUCCAUAAGAAAUACGUAGCCCUAUAUAUGCGACGUUCCAUUCUUAAUGUGAAACGCUCUAUAGUAUGAAAGGUCUUAAGGAAAUAAUUUUUAUUUGACAUAAACUGCAUAUGCAAGUAACAAAUUUGGUCGUGUAAAAGUAUUGCUAAUAAUACAUUGGUACUACCAUGUUUGAAAUAAAUAUAGAUUGUAUUACUUUUUUUUAAGUAAAUAUGUAUAGAUGAUGUAUAUAUUUUUCAAUUGAAUUGACAAAGAAUAGUUCAAGGUGCAUGUGAAUAUAUAGUAUUUUACCAUUUCGUAUGUAGUUCUAACAUAUGGUUGUUUGUCUCGUAUUUAAGUACUACUAUGUUGGUAAUUAACUUUUUUUUCGUAAUUUUCAUUUUUUUAUCAAGCAUUUCUUUUAUUUUUGUUUCUCUUAAGGUUAGUUAUAGGUAAGGAUUAUCAUGUAUACAUAAUUUCUUGUAUUAUAAUUAUUGUAUUUAUGUAUUUGACUUGAUUAUGUUCUCCUAAUAUUUCCGUUGAGUGGCUUUUUUUCGACACAUUGUUUGCUAGGUGAUAGUAUUUUAGUUUAAUCAUCAUUUUUUUCGUGAAUAAUUUUUGAUUCUGUGAGUCCUGAACUUUGGUUAUUAUUGGUGUUGUAUUCAGUUCGGGUAGAUGAGAUUUGGAUUUAUUAUUAAUUAUAUAUAAAAAAAAAUAACAAAAAGACAAGCAGUUUAAGCAGCGUGCAUGUUCAUUUUUGUCUCCUCGCGGAAGAUAUUUGUUUAUCAAAAAUAUAAUAAGGAAGUAAGAAAAAUUAAAAUGAAUCUCAAUUAUGGAUGAAAACAGUUUUUUGUAAAUAGAACUUCGAAUGUAGAAACAUCAAGGCACUUUUUGAAGACACAUUAUUGCUAAAUACGCGCUAUCAAAACAUUCUUGGACUCCUGGCGCAAGCAAAAACAUGUCGGGGACCAAAAUUAAUGCGUGAGGAAUGUUUUUAUUGAAAGUGUCUUAGCUUUUCUACGUACAAUUACCUUAUAGAAAUCAUUACUCGUUUCUCUUGACAGUAAGCUAAAUAUUGUGAUAAGGUCCUCAGGAAAUAGACUUGAACAUCAUCAGAAUUCAUCCAAAUCUAAUGUUUUCUAGACGCACGUCAUCUAAAAUACACGCUUGUUCUUUUAAUCAAACUAUUUUAAAAAGUCUACAAAACAACGUUGAGAUCAAUUAAAUAAUUCACAAUUGUCUGCUUAUUUAGACAGAAAAAUGAAAAUAUUUGUCGACGUACCCCUGUAUUUCUCAUUUUCGAAGUAAAUGGAUUGUAGUUAAUAAUAAAAUCGUUUCCAUAGUUAACAAUAGGCGUGCUUUAUUUUAGGUAACGAAAAGUUUAAUACGGGGGUAACACUGUAUCUUCAUUUUUUUUGUUUCGCCGUUUUUUGUAGACUUAUCGAUGUCAACAUACACAACAUACACGCCGUUUGCAUUUAAAUUAGGACUUAAGGGUUUUUAUCAUUAUCUUAGAAGUUUUUUAGACGACGCCCUCUUCGUUUCCGUUACUAUCGAGAAGAGCUUCGCAUGGAUUUUAGAGGAUUUAGAAGGGUAAAAGGGUUUCUGUUUGUCGACACUUGUUUUAUAGGUAAAGUGUUUGAGUUGUAGGUAAAACUUUAUAUUCCAUCAGUUGUGAGGUAUUUAGACAUACAUAGAAGUUUGAUUUGGGCUCCACACUUCUAAAUUCCGCCUCAGGAUUGACUAUUUUAGGAUGUGAAUUUUGCCCCAAGGUUAGGUUACCCCCUAUCUGUAUAAUUUAUGUUUACAGAAAAUGUUAUUCCAUGUGAUAGAAGGUAUAUCCAUCUGUCAUUUGUCAAAAUGUGACUUAUCAGUAUUGACAGUGGACGGUAAAUCCGUCUGUCAUCUGUCAAAAUGUGACAUGAUAUGAAAAGUUACAUAAUAUGAAGAAAUUGUGUUCGGAGGCUGAAGUAUUAAUAAAAAAUAAAAGAGUGGUUCAAGAUGGAAAAAAUUAAGAAUUACAUAAAGAUCUAUUACUAUUAAGGAUUUUCGUAAAUGGGCACAUUUUUAACUAAUUGUAUGUUCUGUGUUGAAAAUCGAAUGGUUUAUCUGACCAACUGAAAUCUAAUAUCAACAUUAGCCGGACACAAAUGAUGAAGGAUAUUUUAUUCUAUGAUUUAAGAAUUUUAUGAUAGACGUUUUUAAAGAUGUCCGAAUGCGCACGAAACACAAAAACAAAUAGAAUUUGUUUUAUGUCAUAAUAAAAAUGACAAUCCUGUAAAAUGAUCAAAUUGUUCAGAAAGGGUAACGAAUAGUUUUAUGUAAAAAUGUAGAUAUUACAAUAUAUAUUUUAUAUCGUCUGUGACAAUUUUUAGCAUAUUUUUUUUGUAUCGAAAGUUUUAUCUGAAAAACUGACACCAUGCAUGGAAUACAAAUAAUUAAAGAGAUCUUGUAAGAAUUUUAUGACAGGAUCUUUUAAUGGCGUCACAAUGCACAUGGAAUACAAAGACAAAUAGAUUUUAUUUCCGGUCAUAAUAAAAAUGUGAUAAUUAUCGUAUAAUGAACUAUACUUAAUCGUUCGUUAUAUAGUUCAUUAAUGAUGGUUUUUUAAGAGGUGUUGAUCACUAUCUCACAUUAGGUAUCCAUCUUGUUCAAUGUUAGCGAGUUUUAAAAUAAAAUAGAAGCUGAAGGUUUGUUCCAACACAACGAGGAACCGUCUGUAACGAUCACGCUACUGCGUAGUAAACAAAAUACGUUCCAAUAAACAGAUAGCAUCGUCCGUCCGAUUGUUCCAAUAAAAAUCGUGAUUGUCAAGUAACAGUUUCGUGACGAUCAUUUCAGUAGACGGAUAAACGCAAGUACUGGUUGGGCAUUAGGCUGAUCUGUGCACUAGGACGAAUUACCGUCACUAAGAAGAAGAAGGACGGUACAAAUGAUGAACAUGCGCAUGAAAACGGUACAAGCAGUUUCGUGACGAUUUCUGGACCAUACAAAAACUGUGUGUUAAAACAAACCUGGAGUAAUUAGGUGAGAAUCAUUCUAAAGUGGACCUAACAUCAAACUUUCGUGAUCCAUCGAAAGACUGAACUUCUGUCAACCAAAUAACAAGUAGGUGAGACUGAUGGAAUAGAACUGACAUUAUGUAAAUAAUUUUAAUAAUUUUGCAAAUAGUCGACUUCAACAAACACCCCGCACCCUCUAUUCCUCCUUUAUAUUUGUAAAAUAUGUUCAUUUUGUCAUAAAAAGAAAUAUUUCAGAGAUAUAUUUAUUGAGUUGAUACUUGUUCAAAUUUGAUUGUGUAAAAAGAAAAAUUUUAUCAACUUGUAACAUAAGAAGUCCCUAUAAAUGUAAAUAUAAUUUGUAAAAAUUGUAUAAUUUGUCUUGUACAUAAUGCGGAUUUUUUUUCUAUAGUUGCGAAGGAAAACUUUUUGGGCUGUCUUAGGUCGUUUGGACGCCUGUCAUUACAAGGAAACUAAAAGCUUGGCAAGUAUUUGUGACCGUGUGGAAUAAUACAAUAAUUUGGUACAUUAUUUUUAAAUCAAUCGUUUGUUUUUUUUUUCAAUUUUCGCGGCACGAUUAUUUGUUGGCUUUCUGUUUGACUUGUGAUGGACGGGACAUAAAAAAAUAAACAAUUCCUCUUAGGACACAUGUUAAGCUGUUUAAAUGGUAGGACGUAUUUAAAAAAAUGUAGAACUUGAUGGCACUGUUUCUUUUUACGAUUUUAAAUAUAAAUCAUAAUUGUAUAAAUUUUCUCAGAUUCCAUUUUAAUAUUAUUAAUAUUUAUCAAUGUUCUAUGUCGCGAGGUGGUCCAGAUAUGUGUAUUUCUCUCCCAAAAAAGUAUUGGAAAAAAUUGCUCCCUAUACUGAGAUUUUUUAAUAAAUCAAAUUGCUACUGUCAAACAAUAAAAAAGUUAGAAAACUAGUACGACUGUACAUAAUUUGGUGAACAAUGUCAUGGAUAACUUGCUUAUGAGCAUAAUUACACAAAUUAACAAAAAUCGUUUUCUUCAUAAAGAAGAAAAAGUUUUUCUUCAGAAAUCAGUUUUUUAUUAAACGAAUAAGAGCAACACGAAUAACGUACCUUCGAAGUAAUCUUGAUGAAACUUGAGAUUACUCACUAGAGAUAAGAACACAGUGUUUUACAAAACGCAAAAAGUUCUAUGCAACCGCCAGCUGGGUAUCUCAUUGAGAACUAAAAUACUUAAGUGCUAUAUUUUCUCCACCUUGUCUACGGUGUUGAAGCCUGGACAAUGACAGAAGCAACACAAAAAAGAAUCCAAGCUGUACGAUAACUUGUACAUAUGUAUGAAUAUACUUUCAGAGGGUGUGGACUGUAUAUGAGGAUUGCUAGGUUCAGGUUCAAGUGGGAGUAUAAAGUAUAAGGUUUUAUACAGACAAUAUUGAUAUUUAUAUAAAGAGUCUUACCAGGUUGUGCAACGUUGUAGAUCACUAGAGCCGCGGUCACAAACGAAUUGAGUUUUGAUUGCCGCGCUGAUGUAUGUCGUCAAACUUGCGAAUUACUGUUCGUCACGUAACGUAACACGUAUUGCUAUUUCUUUUCAGCCCAAAAGAAAGGCUGGACCAUCAAGAGAUAAGCGGUACCGACUGGAUCCGUCGAAAAAUCAUGGAGAAGAGACUGCACCCUCACGUGUGUGGUACUUGUUGACCGUCGAACGGCUGAUGAGAGAGGGAGAGAAAUUUCACCCUCGUUGCGAGUGGUACUUGUUGACCGUCGAACGGCUGAUGAGAGAGAGAAAUUGCACCCUCGUUGCGAGUGGUACUUGUUGGCCGUCGAACGGCUGAUGAGAGAGAGAGAGAAAAAUUGCACCCUCGUUGCGAGUGGUACUUGUUGACCGUCGAACGGCUGAUGAUAUAGAGAGAUUUCUUCUGUCCCGAAUCCAAAAUUGUCUGUCUGUAGGGGUAAAGGUAAAAUUAGGAGGAGAUGAAAUGGUACUAUUGAAAGGGCUGGCUUAAGAUUUAUUUAAAUUGAGAGUUGUAAUAAGAGAUUUAAUGCAGUAAAAAAUAUAAGAAUAUUUUUUGCAUGUGAAAAUUGAACACAAGCAUUCGAAUUCUGCUGUUACUGUAAAAUACUCAGCAUAUCCUACAUGAACCAUACCACAAAUGCGGAAGUCUUGCGGAGGUUGAACAAGGAAAGAGAGCUUAUGCUUAUAAUAAAAGAACAGAAAACGCAAUAUUUUUUCACAUCGUGAGAAAUGAACAGUAUGAACUGCUCUAACUUCGAAGGUAAAAUCAUUAGCAAAACGGGACCAGGAAGAAGACGCAACUCUUGUUUAAAAACCUAUGACAAUAGAUGAAUGUGACUUCCAUAGAACUAUUCAGGGCCGCUGCCAAUAAGAUUAAAUGUGCAAAUGUAAUGGCCAACGUCCUUAAGGACAAUGCAUCGUAUGAAGAAGAUUAAACUAAUAUCAAUAUAAACAACACAAAGGUAUUAAUACACAGAAAAAUGUUUUCUGUGGUUAACGAAUACAUUUUUUGCUCAUAGGCAUGACAUAUCCUGAGAGAGUUCAUGAUGAUUUUUAAAACUUUGCAAAGCUUUAUGGCUUUAUCUUUUUGGCAUGUAUCAUUUUAUUAUGUUGUUGAUUCGGCUAUUAAAAAGCUGAAAGAUUCAUAAUAUCCAACGCACUCAUGUCGUUUUUAAUUAAAAAUGUAAAUCAUUUAUAAUCUUAACAAGUCAACUAAAACUGCUGGACGGAAAUAGUGAUGUAAGAGGGAACUUUCACGUGAUUUUGGAACGCCUCGUAUAAAUUUAUUGCAUUUAAUGACUGUUUUCUGUUUCAAGCUAACCUCUAGAAAUAACCAUAUUUGUAUCAUCGAGUCGUUUUCACUGUUAACUGUUACAUAACUUUAGAGGAUACACACUAUUAAGGGCUUCAUCUUACACAUAUCAACAGAACAAUGACAAUUUUAUCAAGAAUUUUAUCUUUUAAAUAGUGUUAGAGGACAUUGCAUUUUUGUUUAUAUUGAUUUAAUAUGUCAAAUUAUUCUGUUUCCUGGAAAAAUUCAUAAAUUGUGCUUGAACAUUAUUAACUUAUAUUGUUCGAACUUAUAAAAAAAGUAUCUAUAUGACAAUGAUCUGUGGGUUAUAAUGACUAAUAGAGAAAGAAAGUAAAUUUUGACAGAAAAAGUAGCAAUUUAUGGAAAAAAAAUGGUAAACAAAACCUUGAAAAACCAUUAUCCCUUUGGUAGGAAUCUCCUAUCACUUUAAUUACAUUUUUUUACAAUAAUUUCUGUCCUGAGAUAAUCUGUUAAAUGUCUACCAUUUAUAUAAUAUACUGUUCAUGAUAUAACCUACUACUUAAAUACCUUCAAUGUGAAUGUAUAAAGAUCUAAUUUUCAAUUUCGAAUGGUUCGGAACUUGAAUACAACCAUGUUGACAUGGUUUUCGAUGCCGGUAUAGUAGAACUUCUACUUACCUACCGGCCAGCAUGACUUGUGACACGAACUAUCUUGACUUGAAGCACAUGUAUCUUUACAGAUGUACUUAUAGUUGUAAUUUUGUAUUCUUACAACAUUAUGUAGGGAAAAAUGGCUUAACAACCUAAUAAAGGCUAAGAAAAAAGAAAUAGUGAUAUAGCAGUGAUACAGUGACAAAUGAACUUCAUGAUGCGACCGUUAUUAUCGAUAUAGUAGAUUCACUAUUUACCUGCAUGCGAGAUAUGGCUAAAAUUUGAAAAGAAGUGGCUGUAUAGUUUGCCCGUUAUGCCAUACAAAAGUUGCUGCUACAGCAUUUAUCCAAUACAACUAGUGACAUUUUUCACAAGAGUUGUUCUCUUUUGGUUAAACCAAUGUUUUCUACUCCAUUUAGAAUAAUGUUCCGUUUUCUUUCUAAACCAGUCUUCUUUAUUGUAAGGUCCUUUUUUAAAAUUCCUAUCUUAUCCAUACAUUAUCAUUGUUAGUAAAAGAAGUUCCAAAUAAAUUCUGUCGAUUAUAUCCCAACUGAUCUUGACUAUUAACACCAAUGCUACGUUUUUGUUAGUACGUGUAAGAUAUAGCCUUUAACUACAUACCCAGGAUCCAAAAAAGAUACCAUAAUAUAUCAGUCAUCUUUGGUACGUGUACAUAGACCACCCGGUUUUGUAUUAUACUGUAAUAUAGUUUCGUUCGUAACAUUUCCAACAUAUAAAAACAGACACUCUUCAACCACCCGCCAUUUUAAUGAUAACACGGUGACGUGUACACUUAUUGAGGAUCACUGCGAUACAUAAUAGUGACCAGAUCUUAGAUUUUUGAAAAAGAAAAGGGAAAAUAGAAAAAGAUGUUUUCGAAACAAUCGAGACGCGCUAUAGAGACAAAAGAAUGGCACAAUUUGGUAAGCUGAGAUAUAAUUGAUGGGAAAUAUCUUUUUCUAGCUUUCUUUUAUUUAAAAAGUGUUCUCUCCGUGGGAUCUGGUCUGUUGGGACACCUACUUAUAUCCCCCCCUCACUCUGCUAGUGAUAUGUAUAUAUUAUGAUAAAAAUAUGAUGUUUUAUGUGUUAAAAUCAUUCUUGAAUUGUAUCACAUGUAUUUAUAUAGGCGAAAAUAAAUAAAGUGUUUAAUAGUGUAAUAAUUGUAAGAUAUCCAUUUUGUACUUAGAAAUUAUUUGUAUUUUGUAAUUUUUAACCAUAUGAAACUAUGAACACCGCAUUGUUUUCGGCCAACGGUUAAGGGAUUCCCAAAAAUCAAUUUUCGAAAAUCAAAAAUAACGUUCUUAAUAGACUAGAACUUUGCAACAGAGGAGAAAAUAUUUUAGUCUUUCUUGAAGUUUCUUGAAGUUAAUGAGUUCAAAAACAUUUAUUUUGUGUCCCAACUAUAGCCGAAAGCAGUGGCGUUCAGUAAAAUCCAGUGUGGAGGGGAGUAAACGGUAAGAAGGCCAAUUCCUUUGAAGAUGGCAGACUGAUGUAAAGAUUACUAAAACAAAAAUGUAAAUUGUAAAUUCCGUUUUGGUUUUCACGUUGUAAAACUGUAUAAUACAUGUGUAAAAAUAUGAGCCGUACAGGUGUCAUGUAAUUAAAAUUGUAAACUAUUGUAUUUCUAAAAUUUUGGAACAGUCUGUUUCAUUGUAAUUUUGAGAGGCGGACACCAAGCGGUUCUCCGCCCCCCGCUUUGUAGGGUAGCUGGAAGGGGAUCACAAAGUUUCUCGAGCAAUUUUCUUAAUGAAAUACGCUAAACGACUUAUAUAACAAUUAUUUCUAUAACAUACUCUUUCGUGACAUCUUAUAUUCUCUUAAAAAGGUUGUACUUUGAAACCUUUACAAGGAUAUUUUGACAGGUGCAAAAACAUCCAUAAAAUUUUUAACAUGAUAAUAAUAUUACAGCAAGAAUUAUAGGAAUUGAUGCGAUAAAUUUGACAUGGCACAAAAUAGUUAUUGGCGCUCCUAAUCAUGGAAAAAUUUUCUUUUAACGAUAGUAUCGUAUACCUCAUAUUCUUUAAAUAAGUCAGUCAUAUUGCUAUAUUUAUCUCAAAGAUCACUCGUGUCACUGUAUCCCUGGUUAUUAGCAUUUACAGUCGGAAAAAUGAAAGAAUACCCAUGAACGAUUACAUCAAUCACAUAUUAUUCAGAUUAUUAAUAAUCUAUCUCUCUCGUUUGUUACUUAUGAAGAAGAAACAGCAAAUACAAAAUAUGUGAAAGGCUAAGAAAUUGAAAAUGGUUAUUAAUUUUCGACAAAAUAUGUGAUUGAUGUGAUCGUUCAUGGGUAUUCUUCUAUUUUUCCGACUGUAUUUUGAUUUUCCUUCACUUUUUGCAAGCCACGUUUCUUCCGAUGCUACUUAUAACUUAUUCCGCUUAUCCUUUCCUUUGUAUUUGUUUAAUACGUAAUAUCUAGAAAAUUUUAUUAAUUUAUAAUAAAUUAGUGAUUCAGCUGAUUUCUUAGGACCAGCAUUUUCAUUUCCAUCCUUUUUUUGGUUUCUGGAUUUUAUAUUAUUAUGUGUUCCUCUUUUUUUUUUGGCUAUUGUCCUUUUUAAAGUGCUCAUUUCUGUCUCGAGCAGAAUUAACCCAUUAACGCCGAGAAAAAUGUUUUUUUGUUUUCAACAAAAUUUAUUAACACUCUUUAAAUGUAACAGUAUUUUGUACAAAACGCAAGAAGCAAAUUGUUUGUAAAUGAAAUAAUUAUUGAGAAAAAAACUGUUCCCAUAUGGGACCACUAGACGCGAACCCGAUAGAUGUUCGUUAAAGGUAGACUUCCGCACCAAGCGACCGAGACAGGAGACCGCGACAGGCGACAGAUAGGGCGCGAUAGACGAUAGUUGGUCGCUGGUCUCGGUCGCGGGCUGCAGAACUACCCAGUUAUAAUUGCAUAGAGAGCAGUCGUGGGGAGACCUCGCCUAUCUGUCGCCUGUCGCGGUCUCCUGUCUCGGUCGCUUGGUGCGGAAGUCUACCUUAAGAGUUACUUGGUAAGAAAAUUGCGAAAACAGUCAAUACAAAGGAUCACAUCAUAUUUGCAGCACACUUUUCUCCCUCGGCUUAAAAAUCCAAUCCGUGCGCAUCUUCUUCUGUUACAGAAAUCACAAAAUGAUUUAAUCCCUCGUACUGAAUAUCUCCAAUUCGAGAGUAAUUUCUUGUAGCUGCGGACACUCUUCCUGGUGUUUUCGGUGGGAUUUUAUAUCUUAUUGGACACAUUUGAAUGAUAGCCUGUGUAAAUUCCAAUUGGCUAAUGUUACGACCAGAUUUUAUAUACAACUUCCAUGCAUUUUUAAUGUUGCAUCCACUAGGUAUGUAAAAAUAGGCCAAUACCAUUUUCUUGGAACUGAUUCCAAUUCGAUAGCAAGAUAAAUCGCUAUCCAUCAAAUCAGUGCCACCAUUAUUGUAUUUUGAAACAAUAUUUUUUGCCUCGCAACAAUAAAUUUUUUUCUCUUGUCUUGAAAACCUUUAAACAGGUCUAGUUGAUGUAAUCUAAAAAGUUCUGAAGGGCUUGAACCAGCAUACUCAUGAGUUAUCAGAGUCUGGAAAAUCAUACACUGUAGGAACCAAAUCCCUUUCUUCGUAAAAAUCUGCAUUUUGCUGCCGCGUGAACAUAAUAAGACCUCCAUCAGUUGGCGAAGAUAGAAUUGCUCUGCUAGUACGAGGUGGAUCUAGUGGUUUCUUCUAUGAUCGUGUAGCCAUCGGUGCCUUCGACUUUGGUAUUAUUCGAAAAUACAAUUUCCGCGCCUGAAGACAGCUGGUUCAGAUUUCAAUUAUCAAUAAAACCCCCGUCAUCUUCAUCUGCCAAAUUUUCGUUUGUCAAAAUGUUAGUAUAUGAAGAUUCUAUGUAAACGGCAGGAACAUCGUUAUUACUUUCGUUUUUCCUCCAAAGCUAUAUCGAGAUCGUCUUUCAAAGAAAUUCCUCUAAAAAUAAGAACAAUAAAAAAGAAUAGUGAAAACAGCAUAUCCAGCAAACCGCCUAGCGGUUCCAUUUGGGAACACCCAUAUUUUUGGCCUAAUUACGAAAAAACCAAAAGAUGAAAUAUUACGAAAAUACGUACAAGUUGUUUAUUAAAGUUUUUAGAAAAUAACAAAAUGUCGAAACCCAAAAGACUCCAUCUUUAAACAAAUAAAUGUUUAAAAACAAUAAAUCUUUGGAUUUCUUAGUUCGGAAACAGAUUCUCUCUUAUACGUAUUCCCAUCCUUCUAAAAAUUGCAAGGAAAAGGGUGAUGAAUGUAGAGACAUGGGGAGUCUACGUAGUUACACUCCACAACAUAUCAAUUCACCGAGGUAAAGAUCAACAAAUCUGCUUCCUAGUACUCGAUACGUGAGUAAAACCGUGGGUAGAUAAAAGGCAUUAUAUUUAAUUUCGAUUCAGAGAUCAUUACCAUCUUUCUAUGGACCAUUUCGAACUCUUUUGUUCUCGUCAGGAAAGCAUAUGUAAUGAUGCUCUAAGCAUCAUUACAUAUGCAUCAUUACAUAUGCUUUCCUGACGAGAACAAAAGAGUUCGAAAUGGUCCAUAGAAAGAUGGUAAUGAUCUCUGAAUCGAAAUUAAAUAUAAUGCCUUUUAUCUACCUUUUUAGAAAAUCUUUUGAAAACAAAAACGAGGAUUCUAAUGCAAAAAGUAAUAAAUAAAACACUUACACGAGACAGAUGACCAUAUUUUGGUACAAACAAAACCAAUCGUAAAUUCAAAAAUUUAUUACACUGGAAAAUAUGUAUCAAACUUAAUUUGAGUGAUACAUUCAAGAAGAAGUAACCUUGAACUACAAAUAGGUCGAAUCUCUCUGCGAAAUUUUACUUAAUAAUAUGGUAAAUAGACUUGGAAGCGUACGCGAGUUGUUGGCUCCAUAUGGUACCCUUGGGCGUUAAUGGGUCAAUUGGACAUUAUUCUAUACAUACAUAUAUACAAUUUUAGAUUAUUUAUUUCUAAUUUAGAAAUUAUGCGAAUAUUGAAAGUUGUCUAUACUUUAUUUCACGUUAAGAACAGCACGUUUGGCCUAUGCAGAUCAGUGUUGUCAGGCAUGUGUUGCUACUAGACUGCCGAUAUAAGAUUCAUUCUCGAUAAGAUAGAAGCGGCAUCAUCGCUCUCUUAUCUUCCAUAAGAAACACAGCACAGUCCUAUCUACGCAACCUUUCGUUCUUAACGUAAAACGCUGUAUAUGUUAUCGUUUCUGAGUAUUUAGCUUUUUGAUCUAUCGCUUUUAUGAUGACCAAAACGAUAGUUGGUGAAUUGUACCUUUGUUGUACUAAGUUUUAGGUCAUAGCCUCGUUGGUUCUUCGUGCAAGUGAUAUUUUAUUAUACAGAAGAAAUUAGUCACGAUAUAGUAUGUGUUAUAGAAAUAGUUUAUAAUAUUUUGAAGCUAUUGCUCGAGGAUAUCAAGUUCACACAAUAUGGCUCUCUGCGAAAAAUACGGCUGUAUAUUAUAUUUAUUAUGCGAUCUGUUUUAAUAUGAAUGUGUAAAUUUAGUUGUCGAGAAUGCAUGCUAGUUUUUAUUAGGAUGGUAAUAUCCAAUAAUAUGUAUAUUGUAUUUCGAUUUUAUUAUUUUUUACCACGGUAGUAAUAAACAAUAAACAAUUCAAUAUCUGCUUUUUUAUGUUCUUUUUUCAGUUUUCUCUGUGUACACACUUUUUAAGGUAGAGCUUUUGUUUCGUUUCUUUUAGUUUUUUAUAUUAGCAAAUGUUGGGAUUGUCAUUAUUAUCCCUAGGGCUAGACUGUUCGAUAUGAUUCACAAAUAAAUGUAACAAUAAUAAUAA